AUGAAUGUGAAGAUUAUUUCUUGGAAUGUUAGGGGGUUGAAUGAGCAGGAUAAAAGGCUCAGGGUGAGAAAUCUGAUUAGGAAAUGGGGGCCAGAUGUGGAUUAUUUUCAAGAAACCAAAAUUGGGCUGAUUAAUAGAGCGGUGAUUCGUAGUUUAUGGGGUGGCCAACAUGUUGACUGGUCUUAUUUAGGGAGUUGUGGAGCUUCUAGUGGGGAUUUAGUGAUGAGGCUUUUAUGGGAGGAACUUUGUGGCUUGGAUAGCUGGUGGAGUGUUUCAUGGUGUGUGGGUGGUGACUUUAAUGUGGUUAGGUUCCCUUCUGAACGUUUGGGGUCUAAUUCUUUCACUACUGCUAUGCCGGAGUUGUCCAACUUUAUUUUGGAGCAGGGUCUAAAUGAUUUGCCAUUGCAAGGGGGUACUUUUACUUGGUCUAAUGAUAGAGAAGUUGCCUUGAAGGCUAGGCUGGACAGGUUUUUGUUCUCUGCAGAUUGGGAGGAUAAGUUUCCAACAGUUUCACAAAGACGGAUUUCUAGGUUGUGCUCGGAUCAUUUCCCAAUUGUCCUUGAUGGUGGCUCUUUUCAAAGAGGGUGUAUGCUGUUUAGAUUUGAGAAUAUGUGGCUUAAGGAUGAAGGUUUUGUAGAUAGGGUUUGGUCUUGGUGGGAUUCCUACCAGGUUUAUGGUGCACCGAGUUUUAUUCUGGCCAAUAAAUUAAAGCUCCUUAAAAAUGAUUUGAAAAAAUGGAAUGUGGAGGUGUUUGGUCAUGUUGAAGCUUGA